AUGUCAUUUAUUAAACUCUUCUUUGCCGAUGCGUAUCCUGUCUCGGAGGUGGUCUACACGUGGACUCAGGGCGCAGCCAAGUCAGUGGUGGUGGCAGAAGAAGGUUCCCGGCUCAACCAGUACCAUCUGAUCGGUCAGACGGCCGGGACAGAGGACAUCUACACCAGCAGAGGUCAGUACACGGUGAUGAUGGCUCACUUUUACCUGAAGAGGAAGAUCGGCUACUUUGUCAUCCAGACCUACAUGCCGUGCUUCAUGACGGUUAUCCUGUCCCAGGUCUCCUUUUGGCUAAACCGAGAGUCAGUGCCGGCCAGAACUGUCUUUGGUGUGACCACUGUUCUGACCAUGACCACUCUAAGCAUCAGUGCCCGGAACUCCCUGCCCAAAGUGGCCUACGCUACCGCCAUGGACUGGUUCAUAGCAGUGUGCUAUGCCUUUGUCUUCUCCGCCCUCAUCGAAUUUGCCACCGUGAACUAUUUUACCAAACGGAGCUGGGCCUGGGAUGGAAAAAAAGCAAUGGAGGCCCAACAGCCCAAGAAAAAAGACCCUUUAGCUCUGUCAAAGAAGCCAAAUAACACCUGUUCAGCCGGGGUGAAUUUCACCGCUAACCUUUCAAAGGAUGCGUCUAUCUCCACCAUCUCAAACAGCACGGCCGUUCAGCUCAAACCGCCGGAAACCAAGGCCCCAGACCCCAAAAAGACUUACAACAGCGUGAGCAAGAUCGACAAGAUGUCCAGGAUAGUGUUCCCCGUGCUGUUUGGGACCUUCAACCUGGUGUAUUGGGCUACUUAUCUCAAUAGGGAACCGGUGAUCAAAGGAGCUGUGUAA